UCAAGAGUGAUAGUGAGACACAAAAUAUGGUGGUUGCUACUACUAAUGUUUCUUCUCCUUUCUCACCCAAUGGCACAAAAAAAUCCCUCUCCACUUUCUCACCCAAUUCCUUUGUCAAUGUUGAAAAGGGUGACCCGGUGGCAUUUAGGUCAUAUUGGGAGAAGGUGAGUGAUAAAAGUAGUGUGGAGAUCAAAGGAGAAGAAUUUAUGAGUUACUUUGGUGAUGGUAACAACUUAUGUUGGUAUAUGUUGCCACAAAUGAGGGAAGCUAUUUUGAGGAUUCACAAUGUGGUUGGUAAUGUUGUCACAAAAGAUAAGUUCAUAGUGUUAGGAAAUGGCUCUACUCAACUUUUCAAUGCUCUUUUGUAUGCACUCUCUCCUUCAGAUCCCUCUGAUCAACCUAUCAAUGUUGUUGCUGCUGCUCCUUAUUACUCGGAAUACCAAGAUGUGAUUGAUCAUAUGCAAUCAAGGCUAUUUCAAUGGGGUGGUGAUGCUGCUUUGUAUGAUGAAAACAAACCUUACAUAGAGGUAGUGACCUCCCCAAACAACCCUGAUGGGACUCUUCGAACACCAGUGGUGAACUCGGAAGUUGAAGGGAAACUAAUUUAUGAUUUGGCCUAUUACUGGCCACAAUACACUCCAAUUACUCACCAGAUUAAUCAAGAUGUUACGCUCUUCACGUUAUCCAAAUGCACCGGUCAUGGUGGUUCCCGUAUCGGGUGGGCAUUUGUGAAGGACAUUGAAGUUGCUAAGAAGAUGAUGAGAUUCAUGCACCUAAGUUCCAUUGGGGUGUCAAAAGAAUCCCAAAUUCGAGCUGCUAAGAUCAUUGAAGUGAUUUGUGAUGGUUACGAAAAUUUCAAGUCCGUUGGAUCUGAUCACCUCUUUUUUAAUUAUACCAAAAAACUCAUGAUAGAAAGGUGGGAGAAAUUUAAGGGAGCUAUUGAGAAAAGCAAGGUUUUUACCUUGCCCAAGUAUCCAACUUCCUAUUGUCACUUCAACAAGGAGUUUUCUGAUCAAUAUCCUGCUUUUGCUUGGUUGAAGUGCGUGGAAGGCAUAGAAAAUGGUGAGAGUUAUUUGGAAAAACUGAAGAUUCGUACAAGAGGAGGGGAACGAUUUGGUGAUGAUGCAAAGUAUACUAGGCUUAGCAUGAUUGGCACAGAUGAUGAGUUUGCUGAAAUGUGCACUAGGUUGUCAAAUGCUAAAAGAGAGUGACGUUAGACACCUUCAAACAAUGCUAUAUGUAGGGCUAGCUAAUUCAAGUUUCAAAAUAAAUAUACACACAUCAUUUGUGCUAUUAAGAUAGAUGAUGUGUGAUAGAGGAUGAAUGAAUGUACUAUUAAGAUAGAUGAUUUUCUAUUAAGAUUGAACUUUUUAA